AUGUUGAACCCUACUUUUGUUCUGUGGGAUGUUGGAUAUCCUUUAUAUACCUAUGGCUCUAUCUUCAUCAUUAUCCUAAUUAUCUGGCAAGUGAAAAGGAGCCACCAUGGAUUGAGGUUGGAGCCUAAGAGGAGCUGCUGCUGGCGCCACCGCAAAGUCCGGCAAAGGGCUAGAGAUGCAGCAUCAAGAGCUAGGAGACUUUCCCAGGAAGAAGCUGAGAAGCCAUGGAAUCUGCUCUCUGUCAUGAAAAGCCAGGACUGGCUUCCUGAGGAGGGAAGUGUGCGGCGAGUCCUGUGUGCAGAUCCCUGCUGCCAAAUCUGCAAUACUGUGGCUCUGGAGAUUCAGGAAUUGCUGGUGGGUGAGAAUAACAAGAUCUUCCCCCUUAUAACAGAGCCAUCACAGGACACUACUUGCCUUGAAAUGUUGUCCAUGUCUAGUGUGUCUGAUAAGCAGAGUCUAGAGCUUUGUCCCUGGCAACCCAGACAGCUUUUUCUGGCAUCUGUAACUCCAACACUGUCACAAUUAAUGGAUCAGACCGUUUUGACCCACUCAGCUGCUCAGUCAACCAAUGCAGUUGGAAUCCAAGAUUAUUGGGCUGAGCAUCUCCAGCUAGGGCAAGAGUUUCAAGUGCCAGAUGUGCUCAGAGAAACUACGUCUUCCUCAAGGAUCAAGGAGCCUGAGACUCCAGUGAAUCAGCAGGAGAUAAUACAGAGCAAUGCCAAUUUUGUCCAGGGGAACAAAGGACAGUAUCACUUGAAGUCCCAGGACUCUCUGCUGUCCCCAAACCCAGAGAACACUAACCAGACACAUUCUACAGCCUUGAAUAGGGUUCUCCCUGCCCACCUGCCAUUCCUCAGUCCUAAAGUCCUCAGGUUUCUCGAGCUCCAUAUAAAAAAAUGGAUGCAUUUCCAGAGAUGGGGGCUCCCCAGACGUGUAGAAGAAUCCCUGAGGCAGCUUAUGCCAAACCCACCAUUGUAUUACAAGCCUGAAAAUACUUCUCAAGUCUCCAUUCAUAGUUUUGAAACCAUUUCCCAUGAGACCUUGUGUUCAUGUAUGGCCAGCCAACCCAUUCAGACCUUCUGGGUUUCUGAAUGGUCCAUAAUGAACCCAGAUGAAAGACAAUACUGUGAGCACAUCCCAAACCCUAUGGCUCUAGCUUUGCCAUCUCCAGACCUUAAAGUCCUAAGUGGCUUCUAUUCACUGCCUGGGGGGCAGGCUAGUGACUUGGGAAACCAUCUGCAGAAGAAAUACAGCCAGUUAUUCUGUGGCCUCCCUUCUCUGCACAGUGAGUCCCUGGUUGCCACUUUCUUGGGUUCCCAAGGACUCUCCAAGAAGGGGGAAAUGUCCAACUCCCCCAAUAAGGGCCCUUUCUUCUUCAAGGACCUCUCCUUCCUCCCCCUGCUACAUAAAACUCCACGUCUAUCAACCCCACCCUCUUCCCCACCUUCCCCAAAUUGGGUAUCUCCGUCUGACCAGCAACAAGCUCAGAUCAAUAUCCCAUUUCUGACUCUGGCUAACUGUGAAGCACUGGAGUGGCACCUGCUAAAGAGGCAGCUUCAGAUUCAGUGGGGCUUUCCAGCUAUCUUCAAGGGAACUCAGCAUGCCCAGAGCCCCAUGCAAUAUGAGCCCUGUGACAAAGCCCAGUCUCCUGAGAUGGUGAAAACUUCCUGGCCAGGGAAGCCUGUCUCAGUUAUCACCAGGGAACUACUCUUCUUCCCAGAGCAUGCUCGGAGGCUAUUGGAAUUCCACCUCCAGAAGCAGCUGAUUCACCAUCACUGGGGCCUGCCCCAGAAGAUCCAGCAGUCCAUCCAGUUGCUCCAUUCUUACACUGACCAGAAGACAUUGUCUUGGAGCAGCAUAGCACUAGCCAGGAUGAACAUCCCCGAGCCUACAGCCAUAGAGGCCAGUGGAAAUAGUGCUGUGUUCUCACCCAUCAUGGCUUCAGCAUCCAUUUCCAUACCACAAUUGUUCGAGCAGGCCAAGACAAAAUUGCAGAGCCACAUUGACUCCAAAUGUGGACAGAUCCACCAGGGCAAAGUUCCUGCCUGUGUAUUUCCCUCCUGCAACUCCAUAAUUCCUACACAACUGGCAAUAACUGCCUUCCCCUGUUUUCCAGAAAGCCAACCCUUGGAGCCACAGGCAGCAAGUGACCCUGACCUAAAUAAAAAAGUUACACCCUGGAUGCCAAAGGCCCUUGAUCAGCAGCAACAGGCCUUACCAGGUACUGUCACUGAACACCCCAAGCUGCCCAAAGCCUUGUCUGAGGGAGCCAAGGAGAAACUGGAGACAACUUUACGGCACAAGUAUCUGGCCUUCCUGUCAGGGCUGCCUGCUCUCUACUAUGUGGCUCUCUCCAGAGCCAUGGCCUCUGCUGUCACUAGCAAACCUGUCACCACAGAGAUGGUGCCUGAGCCCGUCGAAGUUCCAGCAGAGCCUCUAACUGAGAUGAUCUCACUUGAGGAAAAGUGUUCAAGCCCUGGGCCAUGCUUUCAAGACAACAAUGAGACUUGUGCAGAUGCUGCAGAAGAGCUCCAGCCUGCAGUGGAAGUGGAAGGAACAAUGGAGGCAGUGUCUCAAGAAAGCCAGAUACAUUCUUCUAACCCCGUAUUACUCAAGACACAUAUCUUGGCCAAACUGAAUUUCCACCUCAGAAAAAAGAUCCUAGAGAUACAAUUGGGGGUUCCCAUAAGGGUGAGAGAGUCCAUGGAACAAACUGCAGCAGUCCCAGAGGACACAUCCACACGGGGCGCUCAUGGGAGUCUAAAUAACCAAAGAGAAACGUUGCUCCAGGAACCGCCCAUCCCACCAGACACUCAUGUCCCAGAUCUAGAUCCAGUUAACGUUACUGAACAGCUGGCCAUUGAGUUGAAGCCAGUGCAGCAGGACCACAAGGAACCUGGUUCCAAAGCAGUGCUCCAUGGUUCUGCCCACUGGAUCUCCAAGAUUCCACAACCCACUGGGGACAUGACAGAGGCCCAGGUGCUUUGUGUUCAGGCGGAGACCAGUGUGAACAACCCCAGCCUGGAGGAACCCUGGAGCCCUGAGCCCCAAAGCCCGGACAAGAGCAAGGAUUCAGCCCAAGUCCCCAUGUUGGCAGAAAAGAUAGAAGACCCAGGGAAACCCAAAGCAGUUGGAGACCAUGGAGCAGGGGAUGCAGGGUUUAGUCUCUCCUCAACCAGAGAGGAAAGACACCCUGGUGAAGACCAGAGGCCAGGAGACAGGCUUCCGAACAAGAUAUCCCAAGGCUCCUGGAGACACAGCCAUAGAUUUCAUCAUCUUGCUGAUCCCUGUCAACACAGCCCCCAGCAUCACCCUCAGCCUGAGCUGUCAGACGUACACCCAGGAGCUCCUGGUGGGGAAGCACUUGAGAAUGCCCUGCAAGACAGUCAAACCAAGCUAAAUGUCAUCCUCGAACCAGCAAUAAUUCCUGAAAAUGUCCAGGGUGAGGUGCCCCAGUCUUCACAGGACCAACCUUUCCCAAACCAACUAAUUGAGGAUAAGCCUCUGCAGGGCCAAACUUUGCAAGACCAGGUUUUGCAUGAACAGGUGAUGCCAGCCUCUACUCACAAGAAGCCCAGCCUCCCAGAGUCUAGCUGGAAAAAUAAAAUAAAAUCCUUCCUACACUGUAUUAACCCUAUGACAAAAAGCAAACAGCAUGAGGAAGCCAUGUUCUCUAUAGCUGAGAAAGUGGCCAAAACCAGGAAAGAAAAUGUUGAAAAGAGCCUGGUUCCAGCCAAAAGCCCUAAGGGGAGAACUAGGACAGAGAAGCCAACAGGGCACUCCAAGGCCCAGUCUUCCCGCACUGAGAAACCAAUGGUCCUGGCCGCCUUGACUGGUGCCCGUUCCACAGACAAUAAUCUUCAGCUUCGCUCCAGACAACCUGGCUCUGCCUCAGUCCUGGGCCACCGCCGUCACUGCCUUCAGCACUGUCCUCGAGGGACUUCUGCCACUCACCGAGGGGCUUCUGCCACUCAACUAGGAGCAUCCACCUUAGCUCCCAACCCUCACCUCAGAAACACUGAGGUCUAUUCAAGGAGAAUACACAGGGCAAUGAAGGAGAGGUUGUAG